UUCUUCAGAUCAAAGGCUUUUACACAGGUCCUUCAUGUGAAGCAAACAGCUAUCCAUGGAAUAUUAAAAUUUGACUUGCUCCAUGAGCUUAUUUUUUGUGUGACUCACAUCGAAUUAAAGAAAUGAGAGAUGCAGAGUUCUGAGGCUAACUAGUCAGAACAUUUUCAUUCAAACUUCAAUAUUCUUCAAAGAGAGUGUGGGAGCAAUCCUAAUUAGAGGAAGAACCAUACGGGAAGCAAAACCCAGAUGUUUUCCACAAGAGUCCUGCUUUUGGCUGCUUUUAUUUCCACUGCACUGGCUGGGCCAUGGGCCAUCAUGUGUGCUGGCAAGUCUUCCAACGAGAUCCGGACGUGUGACCGCCACGGCUGUGGGCAAUAUUCCACUUCAAGGAGUCAGAGGCCUCACCAGGGCAUAGAUGUCUUGUGCCCUGAUGGAUCUACUGUGUAUGCGCCCUUCACCGGCAUGAUUGUGGGUCAGGAGAAGCCUUACAAAAAUAAAAACGCUAUCAAUAAUGGUGUUCGGAUUUCUGGAAGAGGUUUCUGUAUCAAAAUUUUCUACAUUAAGCCAGUUAAGUAUAAAGGUUCUAUCAAGAAGGGAGAAAAGCUGGGAAUCCUAUUGCCCUUGCAGAAAGUUUAUCCUGGCAUACAAUCGCACAUACACAUCGAAAACUGUGACCUGAGUGAUCCUUCUUCAUUCCUGUAAAUGGAAGACCAAUGACCAGACCUGCUAAAUCAAGUCGUCUUCGUAAGAACCUGGAUGGUGUUCUGAUUUUCAAGAAAUUUGUGUUCAAUUAGAAACAUAGUCAGUUCAAUCAAGAAAACAUUUACUUUCACUUCAAUUCAUUGUAGCUUUGACAAUCGGGUGUGAACGAAGUUCUUGGGGGCUCUCCAAUCUAUCACCUCUAGGACCUGGGGUGGCUUUGUAUUUUAGAUUAUUCAUACCUGUUUAAGAUAAAUAAACAAGUGAAUUCAA